AUGUUUCUACUGAAAUCAGCCAUCGCAGAAGUCUCCGCGGCGCUGCAGGCGUGGAGCGGUGAGCUCGAAGGGCGGAAGAAAGCAUUUCAAGAAGCACUUAGCACACUUAAGAAUGACAAAAUGCUUAAUAUGUCUACUGCACUUAAGUCACUCGAUAGCUGUCCACCUGAUAAGGUGACUGACGGGUUGCUGAAAUGCAUCCUCAGAGCAGGAGAGCUGGAGGAAGCUUUCAGCGAGGCAGAGAUCAAAUAUAAGACACUUGAUAGCUCACUUAAGAACAAACUCCUAGAUAAUGUUCGUAAGGUAGAAAUACAUGUUAAGACUUUUGUAGCCUCCGCUAGCAGUGAUGAGCUGAGGCUGCUGGUUGACAUGGCGGCACACCAACUGGAUGAAUUGAGGGGUAAAGUGCAUAUUAAUAUUGAAGAUAAGGUACGAAUUAUGGAGGCAAAUAUCCAUAAUGCUUUCAAAAAAGAUAUUCAGGAUCCUAUAGAUCACGUGAAGACGAAGCUGGAAGGUGUUUAUAGGGAUUUGGGUGAGUGGAUUAGGGCAUUGACGCCUGUCUUGGAGGCGGCUCAGAAAUUGGUUGAUGAAGUUAUUGAUGAAGUUGAUCAGCGUGAAGGCAAAGCAAAUGGAAAACCGCAGCAAAUCUGUGUGUCUGCGACGAAUUUGAGAAAUGAUGCCAUGAAAUUGCACAAUGCCAUAACGGCUGCUCGAGGCACAUUAUCCGCUAGGGUCAUUAUAGCUACUGCUACGUUGGACAGUUUGGAAGAUGGCCUUAAGGGAGAUUUGAAAAUUGUUAAAGACAACGUUAAGGCAGUGAUUAAAAAGUACGUAGCAGAAGCUACAUCUUAUUUCGAGGAGAUUAAGAAUAAUACCGUCGGUAAGGAAGGGGAUGGGACUAAAGAUGGUAUAAUGAAGCAUUGGUCACAGCUUCAAUGGGAUAUUACCCAGCUUGUAAAUAACAUCAAUGGUAACGGAUUCUCAAGUUCAGGCCUUAAGGGCAUUAAAUACGCCAUCAGAGACUAUGCAAACGGUUUUGGCGGUAAAAAGUUUGACACUGUAAUGCAGGAGUGGAUUAGAAAAAUAGUUGACGAUGAUGGCACUGUAAAACAUAGGCUGGGGGAAUAUUGGCGGAAUAACGGUUCCCACCUGAAUGUAAGGAACCUUCUUCAGUUACAAAAUGGUGUUAAGCAGCAAAUCAAGAUAGCGUUGACUGACGAUAUUCAGCAAGCGGGGAAAUUCGUCAGUGUCACACCAAGCGACAACGUGGACAGCGUUGCGAAAAACAUUGAAGCUAUCAGGGCUGGUAUCAAUGAAUUUGUGAGGAGGCUUGAUGAUAAGCACAUGUCUCCAGGGAUUGAUGCGUUUGUACAAGGAAUAGCCAUUAAUAUUGAGAGAGCGUUCGGUGUACAUGACCCCAAUAGGCCGGGUUAUCACAAUGACCAUUUGCAAUCUGCAUUAGAAUCCAUUGUGGCUGCGCUAUAUGCGACAAUUAGGCAGGUUAGCGAAGAACUUAGAACUUUCACAUCAAACUACGUGGGUUAUAACCUCGGCACCAGCGUGCAAAAUGCUAUAAAGGGUGUUGAAGAUAUCAAAGGGAAACUUACAAACGACGACGGCAAUAAGAUCGACAAAAAGUUACAGCUGCUCAAGGAAAACAUCAAGCAGCUUGGCACUGCCCUCGAUGGCGACCUUCAAAAGCAGGUUGACGAGCACAUUGGGAAGGAUGGUGAUGGCGUCUUUGCGCAUUUUAAUCAGAUUCAGCUUAAUCAACUUACUACCUUCGGCAGUGGUCAUAAAGGCCAGAAAAAAGACCUCUGCGAUGCAAUAAAAGAUAUUGAAUGCAAGGUGACUGAAUCUCUUGGUCAGGGAGAGGCCGACAGGGUUACGGCCACAACACUCGCAGGUUUUCUUACCACAAUCACUUCCACGCUUGGAGAGCUCUGCACUAAAAUCGAUCAACUUACCGGGAAGGAAGGUUUACAAAAACCGCAAAAAGAGGGACUCAAGCAAUUAUUGACUAGGAUUCAAUAUGGGAUUACACAAAAUGCUCUGGGAAACUCAAAUGAUCACCUUACACAAAUAAAUCAACGUAUAAACGACCUCAUUGGGACUAAUGGCACGCAUAAUACAUUAUCAGAGAUAUUAAAAAAUGCCAAAGCCUUUAAGGAAGAUGUCAUCACCGAACAUGCUACCAAGGCCAUUGACGAUAUUAAGCUGUAUGUGUCCACGCAAGUGGCUGACGCUACUAAGGCCAUACAGUAUAACGCGAAGGAGCAAUACUAUACAAAGAUUUCCAAGCUGUUUGAUAAGAUGAAACGGAGGGUUGAUAAAAACAUUAAGACAAUUAUUACAAUAAUAACCAACGACUCGAAGAGCGGCGUAAAAGGAUUACUCAUGGCAAUGAACGAUCACAAAAGCAAGCUCGACGAACUGAAAACCAAAGAAAGUGUUAAAGCUAUGUCCCCUGUAUGGAACGCUUAUUUGGAUGCUAUAUUUAAAUAUCUUAAGUGGCAAGUUGAUCCUCUAGCUGAGCCCCCGGCACCGGUGCAGCCUGCAGCUCAAGUCCCACCUCCGAUAUCUGGAGGUGGUUACAGAGCUAGGCCUAAGACUCCAACUCAACAGCGGAAUCAAAUUCAGGUUCCAAGGAUUAAUAAAAACCCGCAAUCCAACCAAGUAACUGCGCUGGGGAGCAGCAUAGAUCAAUUAUUCGUUUUGCUUGAGCGCUCUGAGCAUUUCGAUGGUACAUUUCAAAACCAUCUCGCAAAAGCUAAACAUGCGCUGUCUCGCGUGACUCCUAUGAAAUUCACGGGAGUUCUCAAUCCUGUGCUCCUAGACGUUCUUAAAUCUGGUGUGCAGGCCUUACUCAGCGAAUUGGGGAACGCUUAUGUUUCCACAUAUUCGAUGCGGACUCCACUUCCAGGUGAAACGGAUAAGUAUGCUAAGAUUGUCCUCACCAUAACUCCCACCUUAGUGAAUAAUCUAACAACACUUAAAUCAUACUGUCUGACAGAUUGGCAGCGUAAGCAAAUUAAUUUAGGUGAUAAUAAUCCACUUGGUCCACUUCUCUCACAAUAUGGUUUCCAGGUUUCCUCCAAUGAUAAGUCGCAGGAGGGACAUUUGCGAAAUACGGACGUGUUCAUUGGUUCAUCUAUUUCCAUCUUAUUAACACAAAGUACAAAGCUCUUCUACAAUGAAGACGAUAAAAAACCAAAUGACUCCGACGUUCUUGCGAACCUUCACAGAUAUCUACGUGAAUAUUACCAAGUUUCCCACCAUGCCACAUUCUCCGCAACUAAAGCACCUACCACCGUCAACCAAAUGUUGCAGUGGUGUUCCGGUUUACGAUACAAUUAUAUGUAUCCAAAAGUCACCGCACACGUUAAGACGUUGUUCGCUAAGCCGGAAGAGUAUAAGAACGAUGAUUAUGACAAAAUAGAGGCAUCGAAACUUACCCUCUCCGCGAACAAAAAUCUAUCAGCUCGCAUCAUCACCGACACACUUACAGAUGUUUGUACCCUGUCACAUUCCGUCCUUACCGCCUUUCUUGGAUACGGUCAUGCCGACGGCAUCUAUGCGUGUGACCACUUCACCAACUCAAGUAGCUUAGCUUAUCCAAGCAGUCCCUCACAGUGCUUUGACACCCUUUCAGAAAUAUUGCAUAGACUGUAUCAACAGCUUAAUUUCUUAUUUACUCAGUGCUCACGUACGUAUGACGCUAACACCUGGCGUGAUUGUUGGUAUGGUAGUGGCAUAGGUGGCUCGUCAUGGGAGUGCAACAAGACGCAAUGUGCCAACCAAGAGUGCAACCUAAGACCUAACCAAAAGGUAAACCAAAAUGGUAACCAAAGCGCUACCCAAACAGCUACCCAAACAUGUGACCAGCACCCUAAGUGCGGUCUGAAAUCGCCUUUGCAGUCUUUCCUUGAGGACGGGUUGCAAGGCUUUUUGCCGCAUCAGUUCACGAAGCCAGGUUGCAAGUCUACGUGUACUGUGUCUAAUCACAGAGGAAUUCCAUGCAAAACUCCGAUGGGUUUCGGUGACAUCGCCACCACAUCAUCGCAUACAAAAACAGGUGCGCAUCUCCGAGAUGUUCUGAGCGAAUUCUGCGGUGAUUCAGAGAGUCCGCUGACUAAACUGUGCAGUCUCUUAACAUGUCUAUCGCAACGCACGCCACGAACAUUAGAUGAUCUGUUUGCGUUUUAUUUCUGUUAUCUGCACGGUUGGAAUACGAAUGACACGAUGCGUAAUAAGCAUCAGAAAGGUGCAUUCGACGAGUCGGUUAGAAGGGCUUAUUUCAAUAAGCAGUAUGAUGAUCUCGACGUUACUCCGAUGUUCAAGACUAGUAGUCAUACUCCAAAGUCCGCCGGCCAGAAAAGCACACAUCUCAAAGGUGACCUGUUUAGUGUCCACCGGUGUGACUAUGACGGAAACUCUGAAAUUGCCUGUGGUAGAUACCUACAGCCUAUGGGCAUGAAUAUAUGGAAUACGUUCUCGAACAAAAAUGCCGACAAAUACCUUUCGUGGAUUGUGUACUUGACAGAAACGUUCUAUGAUCUACUCAAGAAAUUAUACGAUGAAUGUUGCAACAAUUGCGAUAAACCAGGGACAAGAUGUCAUGAUAAAAUCUGUCCCAAAACGUGUCCAGUGAAAUACACCGAUUCGACAGCAGACAUAAAAACGCUCGAAGGUAAACAUCACACCAAAGACUGCAAAUCAAUUGCAAAUUGCCCACUCACUAGGCCAACGUUAUGCAAAUACGGUUUCGUAUUGCAGAGUCCACACAACCUAAGUGGAAAUGACGACGUCAAUAUGAGACGUACGUGCAAAGAUUUCUGCCAAACACUAGAAAGGGCCUUGGACAAAACAGAAGCAAAAGCACAUGCACUUGCCAAACAAAGAGCCUUGGAUGAUAUCGAUGCCCGUCGUAUCUCUCUUGGUCAGCUUGCUGGACAGCUUUCGGGAUUUAUUGGUAGUGCAGAUGAAGUUAAAGAUGCAAUUUUGAAUGGUUUGCAGAGCAAUGUAAAUCAGCUUGAAAAGCUUUUAAAAACGUCUUGCGGAGAUAAGGGGUGUUGUAAGUAUAAUGAUGAUGUAAAAAAUCAGCUUAAUGAUGCCAAUGAGACACUUAAAAAACGCCUUAAAGAUGAACAAAAUACUGCUGAAAAUCUUGUUGACAUCCUUUCUAAGUGCAAUUUAUAUCCGUCUGAUGGUCCCUUAAAUGAGCUUAAUGAGGAAAUUCCUAAAAAAAUUGAGAAGCUUAAUAAAAGCAUUGAAGAGCUUAAAUCACAGCAAAAUGAUGAUAAUAAAAGUAAAAAUGCCUCUGAAAUUGACAAACUUAAUAAGGAUCUUCAGUCUCAUAAUGCUUCCAAGAGGUCUCUUGAGACGCUGAAUCAGCUUUGUGAUUUUGCUAAAAAAAUUCAAAUAUCUUCACAAAAUAAUCCACAUGAUUUACUUGAUAAAUUGUGUACAGGUCUCCAAACAUUUUUGGGUUUCAAUGAAACUUCCAAAGGCUACGAUGGCACUGGCAUCGUGUACUCCGACCUUGACAGGCUCUGCGACGGGGUGAUGGCUUUCCUUCAUGGUGUUUUGCAUACUGUGAAGGAGGAUGAGAGCGUUAAGAAAUAUGAUGGUUACAUUAAAUUAGCCGGUGAAAAGGAUUUACAUAAUGUCCUUCACUCUCUCCAAUCUUCAAUUGGCCAGGGACGCAGUGUCUUUGGUGAUCGGGUUAAAGAGGUGAAUGACAGGACUACAGGAGUGUCAUAUGAAUUAGGUAAAUAUGUUCAAGAUGUUUCAAGACAACAAGACAAGCCCCUCAAGGAGCAACUGGACAACUGGACCAAGACAGUCGAGGACAUUAAUACUCACAUUAAAACAAACAUAAUCACUAAUGUUAAUAACUUAGACCCCGCACUUAGCGAUAAGAUAAAGCGUGAAAUAGAGCCCGUGCGAAAGGUGGUGGAGCAGUUGGGGAGGGUGGCUGGGAACCCUUUCCUUGGUGAUCGGGUCAGAAAAGUAGAUGACGAGUUGUCUAACCAAAAACAAAUCAUUUUGAAUCAUAUAACAGGGCAGAGUGAUGUGGUUCAGAAUACGUUGGAGAGGGAGCUUCAAAAUGUUUUUACCAAGAUUGAGAGCCUCCACGAAAAACGGAGGGAGGAGCUUGCGAAUAUUCGAUACGCAUUAAGGAUUUCUAGGGAAAGCCUUGAGACCGAAUUAAAUGAUUUAAAUGGGACUAAAAGAGGUGAGAUAUAUAAGAAGUUUGAAGAGCUGAGAGAGAAAUUGAAGUCCGUUAAUAACAAGCAUGAACCAGAAUCAGUAAGAGGCAUGUCCAAACAUAAACAGGAAGUUGAAAAUAUUAGGGCGGCGCUAUUAACUAUCGGUGACCGGCUGGGUGGACAUAUUACGGAAUUGUCAAACAGGAUUCAUGACGCAGAAAAGUUGCGUGGUGAAGCUUCUGGAAAGGUUAAAGACGCCGCGGAUAGGUUGAAAGAAAGAAAAGAUAGUAGAUCUAGGACUGAAUUCGGUGAGAACAUUGAUAAAAUUGUGGCAGCUAAUAAGAUAGUGUCGGACGUUAAUAAGUCUCUUAUCACCAUCGAUAGCACAUUGAGUUCAUGGAUUCUGAGGGCUGGACAAUGCGUGACGGAAGCUGUGGAAAAUGUUAGCACUAUUCUUCAGCAGGUUGGUGACCAUAAAGAUAAUAAUAGGGAAAUGGUAAAAAAUGCAGUGCAAAGUUUAAAGCAACAGAGUGAGCAGUGUUAUGUAAAUAUGAAAGAAAGAGAAUUUGAAAACAUCUGUAACCAAGCAAAAUACAACCUGGAAAAUAUCGGUACCGACGUGUCUAGUUUGGUGGAUGAAAAAUUCAGGGAGGUGCAGCAAGAAUAUAAAAUGUGGGCUACUGGGAAUAUUCCUGGUUCUAGAGGUAUGCUGCAGCCUGGAUUGCCUCAAGCUUUACAGUCCGGCAGUAACCCUCUGCUGCAGCUUUCGAAUGCCGUUAAAGAUGCGGCAAAUACUGUGAAUACUCAGAGUCGUGGAUCCACUAUGCAGCAGUAUCAGUCUUUACGUUAUAGUUCAGCACCGUCACCUAGCGAUUCACUUAGUAGUUCACUAGCAGAGUUACAGCGGUUGGAAUCACAGGUUCAGCAAAUUGGGCGCCACCAUGGUAUGCAUAAUCGCGAUCAGCUUCCCAGCACCGACGAAGUAAGUAGAAAUAUGCAAAAUCUAUCUCACCUUGCGUAUUUGAUCAGAAAAGUCGUCAACGACGCCAUUGAUGUAUUGAGUGAGCGCAUCAGCAGAGACGUGCAGAGCGCUACAAUACGUUUAAGUCAGAUUACUGAUUUUAGUCAAUUUACAACUCCGCUUAGUGAUGCAUCUGAGUUUGCAAAUCGCCUUAGUGGGCAGCUGCGUUCCCAAUUUCAUUCGCAAUUUUCUCGGCUUGCCGCACUCAGUACCAUUCAACAUGCAUACAGUGAACUUAGUAUUUUAGAGAGUAGUGUUAAGAGUUUUGGCACGCGUUUCAGUAGCGGUAAGAAAUUCAUUGAGGAAUUCGAUACUGGUAUUUCCAAUCAUUUUGACAGCCUCGUCUCCGUGGUUGGCAACGCCACAGGAAAGGAAAACAAUGGCCUCAAGAAACAUUUGGAGGAUGAGUUGAAGAAUAUUUACUUUAAAAAACCCGGCAAGGAUACUACUAGCAUCCACAAAAUUUAUGGCGAACUUAAUGCUCAAAAAGAGCAGUUAGGUGGAAAAGCCGAAGAUAUAAGUGGAGCCGUCGAAGCAAUCAGCAAAGAGAUUAGGGAGCUCGGUAUUGCAAUGAAGGGUAUAUUUAAAGAUGACCUUUCGGACAAGUUGGAAGCCUUGAGAAAGAAAAUUGGUCAUGUCACUAAGGACCCUGGCAGCCUGCAAGCAGUCCAUGGUGAACUUCAAAGUCUCUACACCAAGGAGUUUACUAACCAGGCAGCCCAACAACUAAAUGGCAUGUCCAGCACAAUCCAACAAGCCAUCAAACGAGUCCUCGACAUAGUGGAGAAACUGGAAGAUGUUCCGGGCGACGUCGCACAAAAACAAAAGGAUGUGGACAACCUUUUGGAGCAGCUAAGAGACAAGGUUCAAAACAACAUUAAGUAUGUCGACCGCAUAGUCGACGAUGCUGAGAGGGGUGUAAUAGAUGCAAUACACUCCGUGGAAAACGCGGCACGCGGAGCUAAGAAGUACAUCACAGAAGCUGUUACUAGUCUUAGAAAAACCCUCCUCUCUACCACCGAACAAGCCUUCAAAGAAAUAACCAGACACGUCCAAAUAUUAUUUUCCGCCUCCCACAUCGCCGACCUCCAGGCCCUGCGCGCGCUCGUCGACCAGCAACUGCGGGAAGUGCAAACAAUAAUCGCGCGGGACGCAGUCACGGGCGUGAAGGGGAUGCUGAAGGUAUUACAUGGCAUUCCUAUUACUGCUAAAAGUGCUGUAGAUGACAAGAAUAAUCUUCUCUCAAGGGUCAAGAAUGCUGCGCCUUCUCCAACUUCGAAGCCCCAACAACCUCUGACUCACGACCAGCACAGCAAGCACUUCAGAGAGUUGGCCUUUAAUUUCCAAGAUUUUGUUGUUCCAUUUUUAGAGUACGCUGAAGGCCAGGUGAAAAAUACUGCGCCAGAUGAAAAUAAGCCCCCAACUUCUAAUGACCAAUCCACUAAUGUUGCUACAAUUAGAGAUGCCCUUAAGACUGUGCUUUAUUAUGUCGGCAUGAAAGAUGCUUUGCCUAUUCCAAAUGAUAAUAAUAGUAAACGUGUUUACCUCCUCGACCAUGCUUUUUACGAGAAAUUACAACAUCUCCAAUCCCAAGUCCACUCCCUCUCCCCCUCCAACUUCCACGGCUUCCACAACCCCCUGCUCCUCGACGCCCUCAGGUCUGGCAUGUCCGAUUUCACCGAGCAACUCUCCUACGCGUACGUGAACAGGUACAGUGGUAGAACGUUUGGUGCUUUGACUGAACAGAAACCCGGCGCCGCUCCAACCACCGAUAAAGUGCUUUCCACCGAGGGCCGCAACUGCGCCAAGGUCUGCCUGACCAUACUGGAGAGGGUGAGUGAGGACUUGGACACUUUGAAAGAGAGAUGCAAAUAUGAAUGGCAUUCAAAAGAAAUCCACCGCAUUAGCGGACUUGGCGCUUUUUUGAAUGGUUGCGGUUAUAUUGUGUCCGAUAGAGGUAUGCAGGACGGCGAGUUGAGGCGUCAUGAUGAGAUGACAGGUGAGAAGGUCUUUCAGAAACUUACUGCUAAACUUACGAACACCAGCGAAAUUGAUAAGCACCUGAAGGAGUGUGAUUCAAAUAAGGUGAAAGGAAAAGAUCAACCGAAGAAAGAUAAUAACUUCAAUCUCUCUGACCUACUUAGCUGCCUUCACCAUCACUUAGAAGAGUAUUAUUCCGUCGGUCACUAUGCAACUUUCACCUCUAAAAGGCAGCCGUGCAGUGUAUAUGAGAUGCUUGUAUGGUGCGCUGGUCUCACGUAUAAUCCUGUAAAUUCAGCUAUGCGAGACAUCACCAUCAGUGAGCUGUUCGAGGAUCCAAAUAAGCAGGACUCAGAGGAGGAGACUGCAACACUUAUCAGCGACCAAAGCAUAGAUGCUUCUCCUCACCCAAUCAGAUAUAAUAAUGUCGUAAUGUCGCUCGGCGAGAUGUGUUCUCUAUCCUACGACGUCUUGACCAGAGUCCUUGGGACCGGCGACGAACAUACCGUCUAUGCCAGUGACUUCUGUAACAACUCGCACGGUUUUAAAUAUCCUGGUAGCGGUAAAGAUUGUCUCGACAUGUUGUUAGAUAUAUUGCGUAGAUUGUUCCCGCCCCUCAAAUUCCUGCUCAUCCAGUGUAGUUAUCCGACUGCCAUUGGCGGUUGGUCACAGUGCCAGUACGGCAAGGAGAUCCCUCCCGCCAAGUGGCCGUGUAGUGACCACUCAAACAGCAAACCAAAAGGUCAACCAAAGGGCCAGGCAACUGACCAACCAAACACCGAACCAAAUUGCCAACCAAAAUCCCCUCUACAAAGCUAUCUAAAUGACUGCCUGCCAGGUUCCCUACCUCAUAGGCUAAUCGAUAUAGGCUGCAGAGCCAAAUGUUCUACGUGCCCCGCUAGUACACCAGGAAUGCCCUGUCUCACUCCAUUAGGCUUUAAGGCCUUCUCUGGUAGUACGCGUACCGGUAGGGACCUGUGUAACAUGCUAGAGAAAUUCUUCAACAAUGCGUACGUCACAUCGCUGUUCUGUCUGCUACCCAAACCACCGUCCACGCUUGCAGAACACUUCAGCUUUGUGUUGUCACUACUUAAAAGUAUAAAUGCCUCCAAACCUAACAAGAGUGGUGACACCAAAGCAUUGCAAGGUUACCUCAAAUCGUCCAAAGAUGACAUGAAAUCAUUGAGAGAUGAAUUCGAUACAUCAAUUAGUAAACAAUCCAUUACCCUUUACAAGCAAUCCACAGACCUCACCAGCGCACUUACUAAUGCGUAUCGUAGUACUCAUACUUCUCGUGUAGAUAAGAAUCACCUUCCUCAAUACGCUGACUUGUCAAGCUUGGCGAUGGAAGUGCCAUGUAAGUUUCCUAAGAAAGAUGACAUUCACUGCGCACCUUACCUGAAUGCACUGUGCGAUGAUACAUAUACUUACUUAGCUCACAAAAACUCGAAGACAUAUUUGUCAUGGGCCAUCUACCUCCCAUGGACAUUCUGGGAUCUACUCAACAAUUUAUAUAACGCAUUCUGUGCAAUCACUUGUGCAGAUUGGGGCUGCCGUGGAUGUCUCAGAGGAGACAAGUGCAGGAGCGGCAAGCAUGGUGUCGUUGAGGAUGAGAAGAAACCAGAUGACGUCUGUCAGUGUUCUUCCAUAGUAUCCUGCAGAGGCGUGGCACCGACGCUCUACCAGUAUGGAUUCAGCUUCGGCGAGGCGUCGACGUUGAAUGAUGGUAGGACGGCGAAGAAGUGUAAGGAUUUCUGCAGCCAGUUACAUAACGUGUUACAUUCUGAUUACUUUGAUAAGCUGUUCAAGGAGUGCGACAAUUUCCUCUACUACAUCAGAUGGCCAUUCAUGACAUUGUUGCUAGCCCUCUGGUCCCUCUCUUUGCUCUACCUGCUGCACAUCGCCGUCGUCCGCCUCGACGUCCUGAGGAUACGCUCCCACCUGCGCUCACCCUCAAGCCACAGGAUCGCCGCCCAGUCGCUGCUCGCCGCCGGACGCAUCAAGGCACUCGCCAACGUCAAGUACUUCUCACCAUAA